CACACGCGUGCGAGAUCUCAACUGCUAAAGACGUGUCUCGGACUGUUGUGGUGCAUCCCGUUGUUUUGCUGUAGUAUACAUUGAUUCGGCAUAUUUUGUAAGUGAUACUUUGGACAGAUAAUGGCGAAACACAUUUGGUUGAACACUCUUCUCCUGUGUUAUUUCAUUCUGAGAUCAUAUGCUCACAUCGGAUGCUGUGAGGACCACUCUCUGAUGUGCAACGAAUGGGCGUCGCACGGACUCUGUGAAGCAAAUCAACUCUUCAUGGCCCAAAACUGUCCCAGAGCAUGUAACAUGUGUGUUGCCGAUAUCGCCGACCGCGACAGACGCUGCUUCCAGUGGGCCGUGAACGGCGGCUGUGUCCUCCAGCGCGUGUUGCAUAGAUGCCCUCACUCGUGCGGAAGGUGCGCCAAGCCCGAGCAGAAGCUCACGGUUGUCAAGUCAAUCACCAAGCCGGAUUUUCCAUGCGGCGGCCCCACCCACCAACAGAUGUCCCUGCAUGAGGCGAUUCGGGGCAGGACAAGAACGCAUCUGCUUGCGGACUCAGGCCCCGUGGGAUCAGAGAUUCUGCUGAACGUGACCUGCGGGGCGGCCCCCAUCGCGCCCCACUACCUUCUGACUGCUGCCCACUGCGUCGUCAAUACAAAGUACACCCCGAGAAGCAUUCAUCUCGGAGCAAAUGACCUAACCAAUCCAGAGUCUGCAGAGUACCACAUAGAAGAAAUCAGGUACCACCCUAACUAUAAUCCCAACUCCGCCGAGAGGUAUAACGACAUUGCGAUCAUUAAGACGAUCCAACCCAUGCGGUUCUCAGAUCGAGUGUACCCGUUCUGCGUGUCGCCAGAUGAAGUCGCCCACAACACCCCGGUUACUGUGCAAGGCUACGGUUUAGUUAACGAAACAUCAAGAGCAUCGUAUCUACAAGAGGCCAAGUUGUUCAUCGUGGGCCAGGGAGAGUGUGAGAGAGCGUACGACAGGGAGGGAAGUCUGCAUCACCUGCGUCUGCGCUACCCAAACCUCCUGCAGCAUUCUGACGUCAUCUGCGCCGCUGCCCACAUGAGGGAUGCUUGCCGGGUGCGUGAGGCUGUAUGCUGAUGGGGUUUUCAUUGCUGUUUUCGCAUUUCUGUAAUGUUGACGAAUACACACACACACACACACACACACACACACACACACACACACACACACACACACACACACACACACACACACACACACACACACACACACACACACACAAAUAACCCCUGAAUCACAUUUGCACUUCUAUGAACUACGAAUGCUGUGAGAAAAAAUUAGGAAUUGCAGUUUGCAAUAAGAUACUGACAAAGUCGGAAGAAAAUUCAUGAGGUAAAAGAAGAGUAGGACGAAUAUUUAGUUCGAAAGAAGGAAAGGUAGAGAAAAGGACAUGUAUUUUGGAGAAAUUGAUAAAGAAUGAUGAACGUUUAGUCAGUCUGUAUAAACCCCUCUGUCUGUCUAUUUACCUCCAUCUAUCUGCCUGUUUAUCUAAAUGUCUGUCUGUGUUUUGGUAUGCAUAUUCACAAAUGUUUGUAAAGAUUCUACCUUAAUUUUACUAUUAUACUUUUGUGCCAGUGUUAUGGAUAAAGCAUUUGGCAUCCAUUAUGUUUCGACACAUGACAUCACUGUUUCCAGCGACUCGUGGGCCUCUGUUCGCGCAGACAAAGGGUGAGUUCAUCGUGGGAUAGUGAGCACGGAGAAUGCGGCUCGUUUCCGGGAACUUACUCGCGUUGCAAGCACUCAUUUAUGACCAGUCAUGCUGGUAAAAGAAUAGACAAGUUAUACACUGUAAAGAGAACUUUUUUGCCAUAUAGAAUUCGCUCACUUUUUAAAGUAAUCACACCAGACACAUCACACACACACACACACACAAACACACACACACACACACACACACACACACACACACACACACACACACACACGCAAAAGGUCGUGUUUAAUGGUAUAUCUGAUUUCUGUUGUUACAACGCCUGUACUUGCAAUUCCAUAUUCGUUGCUUUGUAUGUUGAUUUAUAACAUUAAAAACUCAACUAUGAAAUACUAACAUUAUGUUAAAAAUUUCCCGAACACUAUGAUCAAUAAACUUCUCGAACAG